CAGAGGGCGCUGUAGCGGGAGCCGCACCGGGCGUGCCGGGCCCUCUGGCGCCAGCAGGCCUAUCGCCUUCUCCGGCGGCUUCCGGCGCAGCUCCUCAGAGCGAGUGGCGGUGAAGUCAUGGAUCGCAACCCUUCGCCGCCGCUGCCCAGUCGGGAUGAUGAGGAGGAGGAGGAGGGUGCUGGGGGAGACUGCAUAGGGAGCACGGUCUACAGCAAGCACUGGCUCUUCGGUGUCCUCAGUGGACUCAUUCAGAUGGUUAGCCCUGAAAACACCAAAUCCAGCUCAGACGAGGAGGAGCAACAGAUGGAGCUCGAUGAAGAAAUGGAGAAUGAAAUUUGCAGAGUCUGGGAUAUGUCCAUGGAUGAGGAUGUGGCUUUAUUUCUCCAAGAAUUUAAUGCCCCUGACAUAUUUAUGGGAGUAUUGGCCAAAUCCAGAUGUCCUCGAUUAAGAGAAAUCUGUGUGGGAAUUUUAGGUAAUAUGGCCUGUUUCCAAGAGAUAUGUGUGUCCAUCAGCAGUGAUAAAAAUCUUGGACAGGUGUUACUGCACUGUUUGUAUGAUUCAGACCCUCCUACUCUGCUGGAAACAAGCCGGUUGUUGCUUACUUGUCUUUCCCAGACAGAAGUGGCCAGUGUCUGGGUUGAAAGAAUCCGGGAAUAUCCAGCUAUUUAUGAUAGUAUUUGUUUCAUUAUGUCAAGUUCAACAAAUGUUGACUUGCUGGUGAAAAUAGGGGAAGUUGUGGACAAACUUUUUGAUUUGGACGAGAAGCUAAUGUUGGAAUGGAUUAGAAAUGGGGCUGUUCAGCCUCUGGACCAACCCCAGGAAGAUGCUGAAGAGCAGCCAGUGUUUAAAAUUGUGCCCUGUGUACUUGAAGCUGCCAAACAAGUACGUUCUGAAAAUCUAGAAGGGCUCGAUGUUUACAUGCAUGUCUUACAGCUGCUUACCACAGUGGAUGAUGGAAUUCAAGCUAUUGUACAGUGUCCUGCUACUGGAAAAGACACUUGGAAUUUACUUUUUGACCUGGUCUGCCAUGAAUUUUGCCAAUCUGAUGACCCACCCAUCAUACUUCAAGAACAGAAAACUGUGCUAGCCUCUGUUUAUUCAGUGUUGUCUGCCAUCUUUGCUUCACAGGCUGAACAGGAGUAUCUAAAGAUAGAAGAAGAUCUUCCUCUAAUUGACAGCUUGAUUCGUGUCUUACAAAACAUGGAACAUUGUCAGAAGAAGCCAGAAAACUCAGUAGACUCUAACACAGAAGAAACGAAAAAGUCUGAUUUAACCCAAGAUGAUUUCCACUUGAAAAUCUUAAAGGAUAUUUCAUGUGAAUUUCUUUCUAAUAUUUUUCAGGUUUUAACAAAGGAGACUGUGGCUCAGGGAGUAAAGGAGGGCCAGUUAAGCAAACAGAAGUGUUCCUGUGCAUUUAAAAACCUUCUUCCUUUUUAUAGUCCUGUGAUAGAAGACUUUCUCAAAAUUCUACAUGAAGUUGAUAAAACUCUUGCUGAUGACCUGGAGGAAAGCUUCCCAAGUUUGAAAGUUCAGACUUAAUAACUGAAUUAAGUUUCCUUUGCCCAAUAAAUGAACUUUAUUUUCUUCACUGACAGUUGAUAUUGACAUAUAGGAGAUGUUAGGUAAAGCCUGUUGGACCCUUAUUGUCUGGUGCUACACUCAUGCUCUUCUCCCUGCUCCAGUCUUAUCUCACUUUCAUUUGGCAUUGGAAUCAGGAGUUUCCUCUGCCAUCAAAUCCCCACUUCCCUUUUAUGUAUGGUUUUGUGUUUAUUUGCCCUCUUCAGGUAAAGAAAACAAAAAUACAAGCUUAUCACUGAGGUUCUUUUUAGAUUGAGGAGUUGGUGAAGAUUUUCUUCAUACCUCUUAAUUUGAUUUUUAUGUGAGAAAUUUGUAUUUGUAUCCACUAAAGUACAUUCAGCUGCACUAUAGAAAACCCUAUUGUAACAACUUAAUCUGAUAGCUUUUAUGUUUCUAAUGCAAUAAGAAAUCCAGAGGUGGGCAGUCUAGACCUGAUUUAUUUGACUCAGGGAUCCUGAUUCUUUUUCCUCUCCACGUGGUCUGCUGUGUAGGCCUUUGGGUUUGUAUUCAUUGUCUUGUGGUUAAGGGAGUUAUAAGACUAAAGGACAGCCCUCCAUGGCCAGAACUGUGUUGCAAGGCCAUUCUGCAUGUAUUUGAAAUCAAGUACAUACUUUUUUUUUUCUAAGAUCUGUACAAGAGAGAAAGGCAAGAAGAGAAGGGAGAUGUGAAAGGCUUUUUGAUAGUCUGUGGUGUUUGCUACAGUAUGAAAACACAUCUUAGCCAUUCUGUGACUCUUAAUUGUGUCACUUACAUGCCAGAUUGUCAGUAACAAUUCACAGGCAGUUUUUAGUUUAGCUUUGUUACAGUUCAGUUUUUCUUCAAAGUUGUAAGUAUGAAGAUAAAAAUGUAACAUUUUGAUGAAAGUACAUUAGCAAAAUUCUCUAUUUUCAGCAUAAUUCCAGUGGUUGAAUUUCAGAAAAUGAUUUGCUUGAGUGAAUUCACAUUUUUAAAAUUAAGAUAGAGGGAGCUUAAGAACUUCUGAUUGGAUACAGACUGCUAUACAUGAUUUCCCUCACAUACUUUUAUCAUUCUUUAUAGUGCUCCUGAAUUAAAUAUAUUCAGAGAAUCAGCCAGGUACACUUAGGGAAGCAUUCAGUUUGCGUUAUUUUAGUUACUGAAAAUAGAAUUUUUAAUAAGUUUUCAGAAAAUAUCAGGAAUAACAAAGCCAGCUUUUUACCAAUCUUCAGGUUUUUUUCUGGGUUAUUUACGCUAAUGUGACUACUAAUCUAGUGUUAUUUGUGGGAUGAAGUGAGGUUAGGAUCCUCUUACUCUGCCAUCUUCCCAGCCUCCUCUGCAAAGCCAGCUCUUUAAACCUCUCUUCUGGUAUAGCCCGUUCCCAAUUUAUUGCAGAAUCUUCUUGGCUCUAAAGCAUUGGCCUUGUCUCACAUUUUGUAUUUUUUCCUUAAGUGACUUUUACUGAUAAAACACAGGAUGUAGCGUUAUUGAGAAGAGUUACACCCUUUCCAGUUUGGUGCUCGUUUUAUUAUUGAAAGUGUCCCUGUUGGAAAGAAUUGAACUAUAAAAUUAAAAUCUUACUAUUGAAACUGUAACUGGUAGCUUUACUCUGUAUGUUCUCAUGUCUUCCAUGCUGACCUUAUGCUAGGCUGAACGUCACCAUAUUUAACAUGAGAUCUCAAAGGCACUGAUGAAAUCACUCCUGCAAACUAAUGUGAAUUUGCUCCUUGGUAAGUUAUGGGUAGAGACUACACCAGGUGGAGCUGUCUCACAAAGUAAUCUUUAUUUGCAGCAGAUAAAGAGAUCACAGAAUAAUUUCCAAAGCUGUGAUCCCCAAGAAGGGGUGAGCGGGUUCUUUUUAUUUAAGGUUUAGGAUGAAUAUUCAUAAGGGGACCUUUAUCAUCGCAAAUAGAGGUGGGUAUAAGGUCACACGUGUGUACUUAGAAGAUAUGCCUAUAUGUACAUUGUGUGUUAUGUUAUGAAGCUUGGGACCCUUUUUGAGCAAAGAUCUUAAUGUUAUAAUGAGGCAGAGGUAACUGUUAGCUUAUGACCCAUCUGCACAGGUGUUGGCUUGGUGGUUGAGUCCAAACUGGUCAAGGCUAGCUGGAACUCAUUUCUUUUCCUUUUGUUAGUUUCUAAGAGGUAAAAUGAACAGUUCCUGAAGAGUGAGCUCAACGGAUCUGGCAGUGACAUCUGCUAGCAGUGCUAGGAAUUCCAGGUUAUUUCUUAAAGUUUAAGGCUAAAGAUACAAAUAACCCCACAAGAAUAAUAGUUCCAAGUUAUUAGUCAUGUUUUACUCCAGUGCAUAUGAAUUUCACAUUUGUUUUAGAAAGAGCACAUUUUAAAAGGGGAACACAAGGCCCCUGGGUAUCUGAGGGAAAGAGUGCCACGCAGAGUGGGUAAGAGAGUGUUUCACACCAAGGGAGAAACAGGAUAUACCUGGGAAGGCUAGGGGUGUCCAGGUUAUUUUCUGUUUCCCAUUUCUGCCUUGGACCUGCCCUAUUACUUGUUACUAAUUGCUACUGUAACAUUAUGAGGUAGUGUAUAUUUUCAUAUUUUGAUGUAUUUGAAAACUUCUAAAUCUAUAAAUUAUAGUAGUUUUUUAAAGAAACAAAGCAUAAACAAUGUUAAAAUUUUUUUAAUGCUGUGCAGUCUGAUGAAUUCACCUCCAACAUUUAGCACUUGCAUUAAUUACAGUGAUGUUUUGAAAUGGUGCUUCCUCUAGGAGCCUAACUGAAAUUUGGAAUUAUAUGUAUAAAUCAAAUUGAAACUUUUCCCUAUACUUUAUUGCAGAGGAGGGGAGAAAGUACAAAAUGAACUUGAGUUAGCAUGUUAGAUGUAUUAUUCUAUUUCUAAUUAAAUUUGAGUUUGAUUUUUGAAGUACUAAACCACUUAAAGACAGAACACAUAAGAUAUCUUCCCCUUCUAACCCUCCCCCCUUUUAAAGAUAUUUUAUCUUCUACAGUUAAUGGAGUGUAGCUAAAUUGUUUUCUCAGCUGAUCCAACUUUCUAGAUCAAAGACUUUUUCCACUCUGUCUUUAACAUUUCUCAUUGCUUUGGCUUUGAAUUAGUUACCCCGAAUAACUGGAAGUAAGUGUAAAAAAGUUUAAAAGUCACCUGUAAGCAUACAUACAUUUGGUUGUGAGGCAUGUGCAGAAACAAACAUAUUAAGACAUUAGAAAACAACCUCUGUUUGGGAUUCAGAAAAUCUUAAAUGCAUUAAAUGUUGAACACAUUUUCUAUUCUUUAGGACUGGGCUGUAGUGGUACUGUGUCUGAGUUAUUUGAAUAAAUUGAAGAAAAGGAAUAUUGAGGUUAUAGAUUAAUUUGCCCAUUUUAAUUAGUAUUUGAAAUCAGCUUUUUUUUUUUAAGACAUAGGUCCAUAUUAAUUUAGGAGUGAACUGUGUAUUGUACUUGAGCUUAUAUUCUUUUGCCACUUUACAACUCCAUUCUUUCUGCUCGUGAUAGAAGUUUUAAGAAAGAAAUAGGUAACAACACAUCAUGUGUUAGAUCAGACUAAUAGUUUUCUUUUUAUUGCUGGUAUGAGAUCUAAUUUAAGAACUGUUAUUAAAAGUCAUAUUUAUAGUGAAAUGAUAUGAUGUCUUGGAUCUGCUACAAAAUAGUCUGGGGCUAGGGGAAUGAAAUGGGUUAUAAGAGUAGAUGAAACAAGAUUGACCAUGAUUUGGAAUUGCUGAAGCUGGAUGAUGAUUAUACUAUUCUAUUUCUGUAUAUAGUUGAGGAUUUUCUAUUAAUUUUUUAAGUAUUAACUUAAAAACUAAAACAGUCAUUUUACCAGGAAGAAAGGGUUUAUUUGGGAAUAGCAGAGACUUGAAGUUUGGGACAUGCAAGCUAUAGUGAAGUCAUAGGCAAGUCCAACAAACAGAGGAGAGGAAGAGAAGGCUGUUUUAUGGAGGAGGAGGAAGUUGGGAGGGGUUUUGAAUGAAAGUCCACUGGAGAAAAGUAAAAUUCAGGUGGUGAUAGUUUCUCAUUGGCUGACUUGUAGUUGAUUUCUUGUAGAAGAUUCUAUGUGCAUUUUUUCCCGUUGGGACCUGUAAUUGAGCGUUCUUUCCUGUUGAUUCUUCUAUUGGGGUCUGUAAUUGAUGCACAAUGGUGGGGCUCCUCCUCCUAGCCUCCUAUUCCACUUUAGUGAGGAUUCCCUUUAUUAGUUUUCGCAAAAGCAACUCAAUCAUACACACAGUUUUAAGCCUGAAUUUAAUUAUGAAUGGUGCUUGCUCCUUUUUGUCUAAAUAAUACUCGAAAUAUUGUAUUAGCAUUAAAUACUUUUGAAUUCAACACAGUUGAAACCAACACAAAUACUUGCAUUAUCAUCAUUAUGUAACCAAUUAUGUAAAAAUUAUUAUCUUCAUUGUUUUAGCUGACUCAGCAAGGCAACUUUUGUCAUGCAGUUAGUGACUACUAACCAGAUAGGAACUGAUGUCACAUAUGUUUUACCACCAUAGUGGGGUGUGUUUACUAACGAGUUCUUAUUGGUGAUCUUCAGUGGUGUAUUUUGUAGGUAGAGGUGACUACAGGAGAGAGACAGACCCAUAGAAUUUUAGAGAUGGAGAGAUUGUUAGAGAUUAGUAUCCAGUGCUAAUUCAUUGGGCUAGUCAAGCCUACAAUAGUCUGGACCAAUAAAGUGCCAGGCCAGAUCUAAAGCAGCAACCAAAGGAAACUAGGUAAGACUGGAAGUAGGAAGACACCUUGUGGUGGAUGCUUCUAAGCUUUUCACUCACCUCAUGGUAUUUGCUCAUCAGCUUGACUAUUCUGUAUCUCUGUAUAGAAUGCAAAGUUUCCAUUGCUAAAAUGUUAUGAUGUACCUUAAGUUAAUAUACAUAAAGUCAGAUUUGCUUAAAUCCAGUUUUGUGAAACUUAGGGAACAUUUGUAAUAUAAAGGCUAAAGAGCCUCCAUAGGUUGCUAGUUAGUUCUCAAAGCCAGAGUUUGGAAUAUUAGGCUACUUUUUAUACCAUGAUUAUCAUACCCAUGUGACUGCUCUUUUUUAACAGUUGUAUAUUUCCUGGAGGUCCAUGCCUCCAAGACUUAAAUAAUUUAGUGGCAUCAUGGACUAUACCAUUCUCAUUUUACUCUAGUUUUCCAUGUCACAGGGCCCUGGCAAGGAACAAAAAUCUGGGGAAGGGUCAUGCCACACUGAAACCAGACUUGGAAGAGAGGAUCUGUACUUCAGGCAGUGUGGGUCACUGACUAGCCUGUGGAUUGGCUACUAUAGGCUAAGUGUGCACAUCUAAUGCAGUCAGUUGAAGUUGAAAUUAAAAUGAAUGUGAUACAAAAUUUGCCUAAGGACACAAAACGGAUACCUGGGAUACCAGCUUAUCUGUGUCCCCCUCUCUGAGAAUUGUCCCUAAAACUACCUGCAUUCUUUCUCUGGUUACAGUAUAUGGCUAAACAAGGGAUGGAUUCCUGAUCCAAACUGGGCAAAUCUCGUUGGUUCAGGAGUACUAGACUGUAAAGAUCAUGUAGCUUAUGGGGCACCUGGGUGGCUCAGUUGGUUAAGUGGCCCGACUCUUCGUUUUGGCUCAGGUCAUGAUCUUACGGUUUGUGACUUUGAACCUCGCAUCAGGCUCUGCGCUGACGUGUAGCCUGCUUGGUGUUCUAUCUCUCUCCCUUUUUCUCUGUUCCUCCUGCUGUCUCUCUCAGAAUAAAUAAACUUCAAAAAAAAAAAAAAAGAACAUACAGUUUGCAAGGAUGAGCACACUGAAGGUAGCCAGUCAUGUAUUAUCUACUGUGUACCAGGCAUUGUUCUAAACAUUAGGAAGAUAGCAAUGAACAAAGCACUGGAAAUACUGUAGUGGACAGAGACAAAAGUCUUGCCAAAUAGAGCUUUCAUUCUAGAGAGUCACGUGUGAGGGGUACAGAGGAAGAAGCUGCUCUGCACAGAGGGACAGAUAGAAGUCAUGCAACCUGCAGCAGAUUUGAUCUCAAUUCUUCACCUCUGUGUACCCAUUCUCAUGCCAUGCCUUCUUAGUGGAUAGUAGAUUCUUCCCUGUUCCUUGACUUUGAACUUGGCCAAGUCAUUUUGCUUUGGCCAACAGAAUGUUAAUGGAGCUGGUGUAAGCAGAGUACAUGUACCAUUCUUUUUCUAAGGCUUAAUAAUAUUCCUUUGUAUGCAUAUACCUCAUUUUUUUUAUCUUUUUGUUUGUCAGUGGACAUUUAGGUUUGACCUGUGCCUUGGCUUUGUGAACAUGGGAGUGCAAAUAUCUCUUUGAGAUCCUGAUUUCAAUUCUUUUGGAUAUAUACUCAGAAGUCAGAUUGCUGGAUCAAUGGUAGUUUUAUUUUUUAUUUUGUUGAGGAACCUCCAUAAUAUUUCCAUAGUGGCUACACCAGAUUACAUUCACAGUAACACUAUACAAGUGUUCCCUUUUCUACACAUCUUCACCAAUACUUGUUAUCUUUGUUUAUUUGUUUGUUUUAGUAAUAGCCAUCCUAUAACUGGUGUAAGGUAAUAUCUCAUUUUGAUUUUGGCUUGGAUUUCUCUAAUGAAUAGUGACAAUGACCUUUUCAUACACCUGUUGGCCAUUUGUAUAUCUUUGGAGAAAUGUCUGUUCCUUGUCGAAUUUUUGUUUUUUCUCUCUUUUUUUUUUUUUUUUAACGUUUAUUUAUUUUUGAGACAGAGAGAGACAGAGCAUGAACAGGGGAGGAGCAGAGAGAGAGGGAGACACAGAAUCUGAAACAGGCUCCAGGCUCUGAGCUGUCAGCACAGAGCCUGACGCGGGGCUCGAACUCACGGACCGUAAGAUCAUGACCUGAGCCGAAGUCGGACGCUUAACCGACCAAGCCACCCAGGUGCCCCCUUGUCGAAUUUUUUACUCAGGUUAUUUGGGUUUUUUGCUGUUGAGUUGAAGGAGUUCCCUAUAUAUUUGGAUAUUAACUCUUUAUCAGAUACAAGGUUUGGUAGUAUUUUCUCCUGUUCCAGAGGUUGCCUUCUCAUUUUUUUUGUUUCCUUUGUUGUGCAGAAGCUUGUAGUUUGCUGUAGUCCUGCUUACCUAGUUUUGCUUCUGUUGCCUGUGCUCUUGGUGUCUUUUUAAAAAAUGAUGGCUGAUGUCAAGAAGCUUCUCCCCUCUUUUCUUCUUGAGUUUUACCAUUUGGGGUCUUACAUUUAUGUCUUUAUCCAUUUUGAGUUAAUUUUUAUGUAUGGUAUAAGAUAAAGGUUCAAUUUCUCUCCUUUUUGUGGGUAUCCAGUUUUCCCAACACCGCUUGUUGAAGAGACUAUCCUUUUCGCAUGGUGUAUUCUUGGCAUCAUUGUUGAAGACCAGUUGACUGUGUAUGUGUGGGUUUAUUUCUGGGUUCUCUAUUUGGUUUCAUUGGUAUAUGUGUUUUAAAACAAUCCUAUUUGUAAUAGCAUCAAAAAAAACACUUAGGAAUAAGCUUACUCAAGGAGAUGAAAGACUUAAACAUUGAAAACUAUAAAACUCUGACCAAAAAAAUUAGGCAGACACAAAUAAGUGGAAAGACAUCCCAUGACCAUGAAUUGGAAGAAUUAAUAUUACUAAAAAUACUCAUACUUCCCAAGUAAUCUAUAGAUUCAGUGCAAUCCCUAUCAAAAUCCUAAUGGCAUAUUUUACAGAGAUAGAAAAAAAAAAAUCCCUCAAAUUCAAAUGGAACUAUAAAAGACUCCAAAUAGCCAAAGCAAUUUUGAGGUAAAGGAACAAAACUGGAGGUAUCACACUUCAUGAUUUCAAAAUAUAUUACGAUAUUACCAAGCUUUUUAGGGUUUCAUGAGUAAGAUUCAGAAAGUCUCAAGCAUCUGAAAAUUCUACAACUACAUUUAUUUUUCACUAGAGAUAAAUUAAGUGAAGGCAUACCAUACU